AGAAUUAGAUAAUUGGCAAUGCCGAUACUAUGCUGAGAAUUUUGGAAAAUUAGUAAAAAUUAAACAAAAAUACGAUCCUAAUAAUUUAUUUAAUUGGAAUCAAAGUAUACCUACUAAUACUGAAAUUUCAU